AUGAAAUUCCUGUCGAUUAUUACGAUUGCUACCGUUGCACUUUUUGCUCUAUGCUCAGGUGCUCCUCUUGCUGUUCAAAAUUCAGAGCUAGAAGCACGCAUUGAAGCUCUUGAUUUUCUUUAUGACAAUGUAUUGGGACCCUUAUUUAGUGGUUUAGUCUCCAAUACAUUUGGCCAUCUCUCUAACACUCUCAACAAUCUCAUUCAAACCAAUCCAUUAGGUCUUGGUAAACGUGAGGUUCAAGAUGAAAUUCAAGCUCGCAUUGACGCUCUUGAUUUUCUUUAUGACAAUGUAUUGGGACCCUUAUUUAGUGGUUUAGUCUCUAAUACAUUUGGCCAUCUUUCCAACACUCUCAACAAUCUCAUUCAAACCAAUCCAUUAGGUCUUGGUAAACGUGAAGCUCAAGAUGAAAUUCAAGCACGCAUUGAAGCUCUUGAUUUUCUUUAUGACAAUAUAUUGGGACCCUUAUUUAGCGGUUUAGUCUCUAAUACAUUUAGUCAUCUCUCCAACACUCUCAACAACCUCAUUCAAACCAAUCCAUUAGGUCUUGGCAAACGUGAAGUUUAA